AUGGGCCUGAGCUCUCAGUCCUGGAGUGAAGGAGCCGCGCCCACUCCUUUCGGCCAAUUGCCCCCCGCGGGGAGACCACUAUUUGAAUAUCCCCGCCCGCGGCGGGACACCACCCUGCGAUUGGCCGGCCGCGCCCUGCCCCACGCCGUCCUCAAGCCUGGAGCGCAGCUCAAAUGCCCGCAGUGUGGCCGCAGCAGUGUGCCAGAGCGGUCCGGACGUCGUGGAUCUGAGGCUCCUGGGGCGCUGGGCUCUCGUCACGGGGCCGGGCUCGGGCACGGCCCUGUCAAGGCGCUACACUCGACGGGCGCGCGAGUGGUGGCCGUGAGCCGAACCCAGGCCGACCUGGACAGCCUGGUCCGCGAGUGUCCCGGGGUGGAGACCGUGUGCGUGGACCUGGCUGACUGGGAGGCCACGGAGCAGGCACUGGGAGGUGUUGGCCCUGUGGACCUGCUGGUGAACAAUGCAGCUGUGGCGUUUUUGCAGCCCUUCCUGGAGGUCACCAAGGAGGCAUAUGACAUGUCUUUCAAUGUGAACCUUCGGGCGGUCAUCCAGGUGUCCCAGAUUGUGGCCCGAGGCCUGAUAGCUCGGGGAGCCCCAGGGGUCAUCGUGAAUGUUUCUAGCCAGGCCUCCCAACGGGGACUGACUGGCCACAGUGUCUACUGCUCCACCAAGGGUGCCUUGGACAUACUGACCAAAGUGAUGGCGGUGGAGCUCGGGCCACACAAGAUCCGUGUGAAUGCAGUCAACCCCACGGUGGUGAUGACACCCAUGGGCCAGGCCGCCUGGAGUGACCCUCAGAAGGCCAAGGCCAUGCUGGACCGCAUCCCCCUUGGCAGGUUUGCUGAGGUGGAGAACGUGGUGGACACCAUCCUCUUCCUGCUCAGUGACCGCAGCAGCAUGAUCACAGGCUCCACUGUGCCGGUGGAUGGGGGCUUCCUGGCUACCUAA